CAUAAAAAACUGGAAUACUCUAGUGCUCCCGCAAUCGAGGCCACUCAGCUACAACCACUCUCCAUUAAGCACACGGAGCAUUCUUUGAAAACGAAGCCUUAUGUUUCCCAUUCGAUCAAUGAAAUGUUGAAUGGCAAGUCGCAGGCAGACAGGAGGAUCCAGUCAGUCGAAUGUAUGCCAUUGUGUGAUACAAUCCACAUCCCAAAGCGAUCAGUGGAUCACUGGUCUUCGGAAGCUACGCCGUCAGUUGGGACAAGAGCAUUGAAAGCUGUUCAUGAGGAGAAAACAUCAUACUCCGGAAGAUGUGAGCACAACCCGGGAACCAAAUCCGACGGAGAAAAGCAGUUUCAAUGCAGAACGUGGAGUGCUCCACUUUCGACCUUGUGCCAGUCGAAUAACAGACAACUGGAAAUGUUAAGCAGAGAGGCGUACACCAACGCCUGCACAAGCGAAGCUGAAGAUCAGCCACUGGAUCUCUCGUUGAAACGUUCUUUCACUCAACUAGACAGAGGGAUGCUCCGAUCUCUUGGCAUGUGUAUAUUUCGCAAAUUUCCCCUCAGAUCUCUGGCUCAAAUCAUCAACUAUCCGGUGAUCAGGAAUGGCAUUUGCCCCACAGACCCGUUUGCUUUGGAGCAAACGAAGGCGACCGUCAGUCGGGAUAGGCCUUAUUCCACUCCAUUUGACUUCAUCUUCCGACAAAAAUAUCACCAAACACUCCACACACUACUUACCGCAUCCGAAGCAGCAACAAACUAUCCUACUCUUCCUGAUUUACCAGUCAGAACGAGUAUCAGUGAUUCAUCUAGGUCGUUUGUGCAGUUUUUCAGAGAACAGUGGCUGAAGAAAAAUGUGGCAUCGUUGGUGCAUCAGAAAAUGGGACGACGACCCGGUAUGUAUCGGGAUAGACCACCUCCAGACUCAGAACCGACAACCAGCAAAAUCAACUCAACUGCCGACGCUGCAACUAUCACGAGCGCCACUCGGUUCACUAAGAUUAAAUGCAAGUAUGGUAUGUCAAUCACGAGAGACCAUCCACCAGGUAAACCACUCAGAAGACCAUAUACAGAGGCAGAGCUAUCGGCGGCGGUUCGUGCGAUUUGCUUCGGUCGACUGGGGACGCGUCGCGCAGCUAGUGUCUACGGUAUUCCACGAUCCACACUGCGAAACAAAAUUUGCAAAUUGAACGAACUCAAAAGGCGUGAAGAGGAACGUCAGGGGGGACAAACUAUUCUAAUGCCUGAUUUCCUGCAAGGCCUUCUGCAACAAAUGAGAGAGAAAUCCGCUGCCGGGAGAACGGCUACUUCUUCAAUGGUAGCACGCGGAGCUUUUACAAUAGACGAGCGGCAGGAUUCUGUGGAUUACCCAUUCAGCACUGAUGACUUUGUUCAACUGAAUAGGCGUGGGCCAGAAGUACAGAAGCCUACUCUACGAAUUUCCGUAACUCCUAAUCGUGCUGCCUCUAUAUUUCAGGUAAGCGAUUUACGGCGA